UUUGCGUCCUACGACCCUCGCCGAUUCCUCGAAUGUGUUUACGUUUUUCCACUCAUUUUUCUCCGCUUUUUGUAUUAAAUAUUUAAUUAGCCCCUGUCAGUGUCACUGAUAAACAACAACUAGAUAACAUUAAUCAUGGAUUUCGGUGAUGUCCAAGCGAGACAGAAUCGGGUGAAGGACGAGAUAGGAUCGCAUUGUCAGAGGCUGUUCCAAAGUUUCUUGGAGGAAUAUAAAGAAGACGAGGAAGUCAAGUAUUUGGAGCCUGCCAAAGAGCUGGUGAGCCCAGAGCGGAGUACCUUGGUGGUAUCCUUCGAUGAUAUCGAGAGAUACAAUCAAGCCCUUGCAACGACAAUAAUCGAAGAAUAUUAUAGGAUCUAUCCCUUUCUCUGCCAAGCAGUCUGGAACUUCGUGAAAGACGCGGGGGAAUUGAAAAAAGAGAAAGAGUGCUACAUCAGUCUAGUUGACGUACCAACAAGACACAAACUCCGAGAAUUGACAACUUCCAAGAUCGGUACACUCAUUCGAAUAUCAGGACAGGUCGUCAGGACCCACCCUGUCCACCCUGAACUCGUGUCUGGUACAUUCGUCUGCGUUGAUUGCAAUGCAGUCAUCAAAAAUGUUGAGCAACAGUUCAAAUUCACAAAUCCCACGAUUUGCAACAACCCAGUGUGCCUCAACCGUCGGAGAUUCGUCCUGGACGUGGACAACUCAAUUUUCGUGGACUUUCAAAAAGUGAGAAUACAGGAAACACAGUCUGAACUACCCCGAGGAUGUAUUCCCCGUUCCCUUGAAAUUAUUCUACGAGCCGAGGCAGUGGAGACUGUCCAGGCAGGCGACAGAUACGACUUCACGGGGACUUUAAUCGUUGUUCCUGACGUUGGUGCACUAGCAUUGCCUGGGACCAAAGCAGAAAUCAGUUCGAGACAUAAAGCUGGAGAUCAGGGGGAGGGAGUGAGAGGGCUGAAAGCACUUGGAGUACGAGAGUUGAAUUAUCGCCUGUCUUUUCUCGCGUGCAGCGUAACAGCCACAAGCUUGAGGUUCGGAGGCACAGAGAUGGCAAUGGAGGAGAUAUCCCAGGAGAUGAUGAAACGUCAAAUGACGGAAUCAGAAUGGAACAAAGUGUAUGAGAUGUCACGGGACAAAAACCUCUACGACAAUUUGGUGGCGAGUCUGUUUCCCUCGAUUCAUGGAAACGACGAAGUAAAGAAGGGAAUAACUCUGAUGCUCUUUGGUGGUGUACCAAAGACAACAAUGGAGGGCACAAGCCUCCGAGGUGACAUUAAUUGUUGCAUAGUGGGUGAUCCCAGCACAGCAAAAUCCCAACUCCUGAAACAAGUGGCAGACAUAUCCCCAAGGGCUGUCUACACAUCGGGAAAGGCGUCAUCAGCAGCUGGUCUGACAGCAGCAGUUGUUCGUGACGAGGAGUCAGGUGAUUUUGUAAUCGAGGCUGGAGCCCUGAUGUUGGCAGACAACGGUAUCUGCUGCAUCGACGAGUUCGACAAAAUGGAUCCCAAAGAUCAAGUGGCCAUCCACGAGGCAAUGGAGCAGCAAACAAUUUCGAUAGCAAAGGCUGGAGUGCGUGCAACCCUCAACGCAAGAACGAGCAUCUUAGCAGCUGCCAAUCCCAUUGGCAGCAGAUACGACAGAUCAAAGUCUCUCCAGCAGAAUGUGAUGCUGACUGCCCCCAUCAUGUCUCGAUUCGAUCUCUUCUUCAUUCUCGUUGAUGAGUGUAAUGAAGUAGUGGACAAUGCGAUAGCCAAAAAAAUUGUUGAUCUUCACAGCAACAAUGCCCUGACCAUUGACACCAUCUACGAUCAAUCCGAGAUCCUCAGGUACAUUAAUUUCGCAAAACACUUCAAACCCUCGAUAAAUCCUGACGCCGCUGAGCUCCUGGUGGAGAGCUACACAGUUCUGAGGCAGAGAGAGGGUAUGGGCAGUGGAAAAUCCACGUGGAGGGUCACUGUAAGACAGCUGGAGAGUCUGGUGAGGCUCUCCGAGGCCCUGGCAAAGCUCGAGUGUGCCGACAAGGUCACUGUGAGGCACGUCAAGGAGGCCAGGAGGCUAUUGAGUAAAAGUAUCAUCAGGGUUGAACAGCCUGACAUCGAUCUUGACGACCAGAACGUCAGAGCCAAUGGAAUGGAUCUCGACGAUGCACCUCCUCUCAUGGAGGCCCUCAAUGCUCUCGAUGCUGAAACCAAUGGCCACGAGGAGCAGGAGGAGGAGGGAAUCCCCAAGAAGAAGCUUACAAUGUCAUUCGAGGAGUACAAAAGUCUCAGCAACAUGUUGGUGUUGUACAUGAGAAAUAAAGAGAGUGGUGCCGAGGGGGAUGACGAGCCUGGCAUCAGAAAAUCAGAGCUCGUUGCCUGGUACUUGGAUCAGAUUCAGGAUCAAAUCGACUCGGAGGAGGAGUUACUCGAGAGGAAGGGAAUUGUCGAGAAGAUUAUUGAUCGGCUGACUUAUACGGAUAAUAUCUUCAUCACCCUCGCAAAUCGAGAGCUACAAGAGGGUAGAGCCGACGACGAGGAAGAUCCCAUGCUCGUGGUCCAUCCCAAUUACGUUCUCGAUAUUUAAUGAUCGAUCAAUCGUUAUUCAAUAUCAUUUUGUUAUACUCAUUAUUUCUACCGCCACAAUUUUUACAACGAAAUCCACAAAAAAUAAGUAAAUAAAAACAUUCACUCAGGAA